AUGCAGGGUGAGGCUAGGCAUCAGGAGCAGGUCAAGAAAAAUCAAGAGUUUGAGCUCAUGUUUAGGAAUCAGGGGUCCACCAUAAAGAGUCUAGAGAGGACCGUAGGAGAGAUUGCUAAUAGGAUGACAGAGAGGCCAGUAGGUACAUUCCCUAGUAGCACCCAAACUAACCCAAAAGCCACUGCAAAGGCAGUGACUACUAGGAGCGGUAGAGGGGUAGAAGUAGAGAAACCGAUCGAUGAGGUCGAGGAACCGGUUGAUGAGGAAAUUGAGAUGGAGACUCCUGCUGGCGAUGUGCAUCCUAGGCUGCACCGAGCAAGUACAGCACAGUCCAGCGAGUCUUCGGGGGAGAAGAAGAAGGAGAAUGAGCCACUUAGAGUCUAUAAACCCACAGCUCCUUACCCUGGUAGGCUUUUAGCUAAGAGCGAUUCUGAGCAGUAUUCACGGUUCUUGGAGAUGCUGAAAAAACUCCAUGUGAACCUUCCUUUCAUUGAGGCUCUGUCCAAAAUGCCUAAGUAUGCCAAGUUCCUAAAGGAUCUUCUCACAAACAAGAAGAAACUAGAGGAGUUGUCUACUGUCACUCUUAGUGAGGAGUGUUCUGCAGUCGUGCAGAACAAGCUUCCUAAGAAGAUGACUGAUCUAGGGAGUUUCACCAUUCCGUGUCUGAUCGGAGAUCUUACUGUCAGCCAUGCGCUGGCUGACCUAGGAGCUAGCAUUAACCUCAUGCCUUACUCCAUUUUUGCUAAGCUCAAUCUAGGCGAGCCAUCUCCUACGCGCAUGAGUCUUCAGCUUGCUGACCGAUCUGUGAAGUUUCCACGUGGUAUCGUAGAGAAUAUGCUUGUCAAGGUUGACAAGUUUGUUUUUCCGGUGGAUUUUGUCAUUCUUGCUAUGGACGAGGAUUCUAGAGUUCCGCUCAUUUUAGGACGUCCAUUCCUUGCCACUGCCCGAACCGUUAUUGAUGUGCUUGAUGGUAAGCUUACUCUCCGCGUCGACGAUGACGCGGUCACCUUUGACAUCCAGCAUUCAAUGAAGCAUACGCCGCAACAUGACGACACUAUUUACUUUAUAGACACUCUUAUGUCACAUGUGGGUAGUUUUCUCGGUGAGGUUUGCGGUAGAGAGUCUAUAGAGACCCAAAUGUUAGGGGUAGAUGUCGAGGGCAUUGAGUUGACCGAGUUCAACCUAGAGCAGGAUUCACCAUUACCAUCCAGCGAGCCAUCCAUAGGAUCGGAAUGUUCUAAGGUUUCUGAGGUGUUUGAAGUGUUAGAGAGAGAGACCUCUGAGGAGAAACCAUCAGUGGAGAUACCCCCGCCUCUAGAGUUGAAGGAACUGUCAUCUCACUUGGAGUAUGCAUUCCUUGGCGAGGAUCUCAGUUGCCCGUCAUUAUUUCAUCGAGUUUGA